AUGGGUGUUUUAUCACUUACUCGCCUCAUUGGCAGUGAUUGCAAAUCAUUCAAAGUAAAGAAACUACACUCCUCGAUGGUCAUCAUUAAUGGUAUCGAGUUCAUGCACUCCGUUCUGAAGUCGCUGGACGUUGGAUCUGAGGGCAUCUUUGGUGUCGAUCACUUGUGUGUCAAAUUUGCGAUUGAGGAGGCAGUACGUCGUCUUAAAAAAUGUGGAUUGGACCCUAUUUUCGUUAUUCAGGGUCUCCCGCCUAGGCAUGGUAAGGACUAUAACUGGAAGGUUAUCCGAAGCUACACCAAACGGCGCCCUGUGGAAGGUGUUCCUGCGUCAUCACAUUCGAAGCAGGAGGAUUGUAUUGUGUUGUACUCAAGGUCUCUUAUCUGCUCAGUGCUUUCUUCUCUGGGCAUGCGCUUUUAUAUGUGUCUUUAUGGGGCUAAUUCUGUCUGUGCUGCGUUAUCAAUUAUCUUGGGAUGUCCCGUACUGAGCAGCAACUCAGACUUUUACUUGUUUUAUAAACCGGUGGCAUGUUCGCAGAAAGAAUACAACGCCGUUGAAUAUGCUCCCCUUUCGAGCUUUUCUUUAGAUCCGACCCCGGAUACUCCAGACCUAUCCAUCACAGAUGCCCCAACAUACUUCCUUGCUGCGCAUGUUUAUACUCCGGAGUUUUCGCCGCUGAACAGUAUUCCGGAGUCUUCUAGACCUAUUGUGGCUCUCGCGAUGGACAGUAUACUGAUACGUGAACUACCAUCUGCUGUUGGUAUUCCUUCAUACGCUCCGGGUCAGCCGAAUAUGGACCCAUUCACAAAACUACAACAUGUUGUAGACUGGCUGCAAAGAGUAGAUCAAAUUCAGGCCAUACAGUCCAUAUUGGAAUGUGUGGGUAACCCGCAUAAAGCACACAACGUCGCCAAUAAUAUCAUCGACUUCCUUCCCAAAUUUUUACCUGACUUUACGGGGGCUUCUAGGCUUCUAUCUUAUCUUGGUGUUACAAAUGGCUGCAACCUAGAUAUUAAAACUCCCCAUUUGGAAAGAAAUGAAAACUUUUCACCAUUUGCAUUUUUCAAAGAUGUACUCGAAAUUUUGAAGGGCAACAUCGUAGCCUUCGACCGUCCAGAAUUUACGAGCGGAUGGCCUAGCGCGCUGCAGUCACUUUACCACAGUGGAAACUUUUGUCCUGGCCUCCUCACAGCACUUUAUUGUAAAGAUGGGAGGGUUAUGCAUCCAUUUCUACCGUGCCUUUAUGAAUUCCCCGAAGAAGGAAGAAAAGGUCGGAUUUUGCGCCAUCUGUCUUACGCGCUGUUUAUCGGCCUUGAGAAUAGAUUAGGCUUCCAGAGGAAGCUUCUAGGAGUGCGUCCGCACGUAAAGGAAGUCAUUUAUAAUGGCAACGGGCAGUUCAUAACAUGUCAUCUGCACGUCAAGCCGUUAGACUUACCGCCUGAUAGUUCCCUAGACAGUUUUUUCGCGAAAUACCUUUCAUUCAACCCCAUUGCAGAUAUACCGGAUUGGUGUAAUGUGCUUCUUUUAUGCUGCUCCAUAUGGCAUUCGCAGACUGAACCGUAUGAUCGCCAUUCGCACUGUUCAAUUUCUCAGUGUCCACCGGUGCUCUCGUUUCUCCUGUGUGCCGUGGUGCAUUACUUUAACUCUGCCCUUGAUACUUCCACGCUUCUUAAACAUUAUUCCUCCCUCCUCUCCUUCUCCCGCACCGAAGGCGAGAAGUAUGUUCAACCAGCAAACAGUGAACUUACCACAGUUUCUGUUGAAACUUCCACUGUCUUGGAUAUAUAUGAACUGGUGAAUAUUUAUGGUGAAUUAAUAGAUCUUGUGUAUUUACUAAAUGCACUACUCCACCCCACCGACGCUAAAACCCCUACUGACUCAAAUUACAGCAGUUCUCUUCCUCUUGGAAUGCUUAUUCCGUCUUUUCAUCUCGCGCAUCAGAUUGCGUUAUGCUUAAUACUUAACAAUGAGUCUGCAAAAUCGACUUUAGCAGCAAGAUUUUGGUUACCAAAAUUGUUUUAUCCCUCGCCUGACCCUGCGGCGGCAAUGAAAUUGCGUGAUGCCGCAAUCCUGUUCACAAAACUCGUCAAUGCCCUCCCAACAAUUCGAGUCAAGUGGGAGCCUUUAGACUUUGAUAUUACUGACCCACCCACCGCCUUCGUACCAAAAAGCCAGAGAACACCGGGCUCGAUCAACCAAAAGCAAUUCGUGAAUCCCAGACAGAGGACUAAGCCCGCUUCCUCUGAACGAACUAAUAGUCACGCCAAUGUCUGUCCUCCCCGUUCGGCAACACUCCGUGAUUCCUCAAACAUUCCGCCCGGAAUGCGGAAUUCUCCGAUGGUAAGGCAGCGGAUUUCAGCACCGACCGAAUAUAAUACACGAAAGACAAGUCUGGCCGGUUCCGGUAGAGGACGUGGCCGAGGAGCAGCGAACAAUGGAGGAAGAAGCUAUGCCGAUCGGCUGAUACAACGUUACAGUCAGGCUCCACCUAGUCAAUAG